GCCGCUGCCGGUCAGUCGGCUGGUUGGCCGGGCAGUUAGUCGGUGGGCCAGUGGCCGGUAGCUGGGUUUUCGGCUUUCCUGUUUGAAGGUGGGAGGACCCGGGAGCGACCUGCACACCUGAGCCGCAAGGAGAGGAGCCUCGGCCUCGCAUCCAGUAAGAAGAGGAGGAGAAUAAGCAGGCAAGCGAGCCAUGGCUUCUGAGGCGAGCCAUGUGCUGGAAGCAGCUCUAGAGCAAAUGGACGGGAUCAUUGCAGGCACUAAAACAGGUGCAGAUCUUAGUGAUGGUACUUGUGAACCUGGAGUGGCUUCCCCAGCCUCCUACAUGAACCCCUUCCCAGUGCUUCAUCUCAUCGAGGACUUGAGGUUGGCCCUGGAGAUGCUGCAGCUUCCUCAGGAGAGAAGAGCCCUCCUGAGUCAGAUCCCUGGGCCAACAGUUGCCUACAUGAAGGAGUGGUUUGAGGAGAGUUUGUCCCAGGUAAAUCACCAUGGUGCUGCUAGUAAUGAAACCUACCAGGAACGCUUGGCCCGUCUAGAAGGAGAUAAGGAGUCUCUCAUAUUACAGGUGAGUGUCCUCACAGACCAAGUGGAAGCCCAAGGAGAGAAGAUUCGGGAUCUGGAAGUGUGUCUGGAAGGACACCAGGUGAAACUCAAUGCUGCUGAAGAAAUGCUUCAACAGGAACUGCUAAGUCGCACAUCUCUUGAGACCCAGAAGCUCGAUCUGAUGACUGAAGUGUCUGAGCUAAAGCUCAAGCUGGUUGGCAUGGAGAAGGAGCAGAGAGAGCAGGAAGAGAAGCAGAGAAAAGCAGAGGAGUUACUACAAGAGCUCAGGCACCUCAAAAUCAAAGUGGAAGAGUUGGAAAAUGAACGGAAUCAGUAUGAGUGGAAGCUGAAGGCCACUAAGGCUGAGGUAGCCCAGCUGCAAGAGCAGGUGGCCCUGAAGGAUGCAGAAAUUGAGCGUCUGCACAGCCAGCUCUCCAGGACAGCAGUUCUCCAUGGUGACCAUGCAGAAAGAGAUCAAGAAAUUCAACGCCUGAAACUGGGGAUGGAAACUUUGCUUGUUGCCAAUGAAGAUAAGGACCGUCGGAUAGAAGAGCUUACAGGGCUGUUAAACCAGUAUCGGAGAGUGAAGGAGAUCGUGAUGGCAACGCAAGGGCCUUCCGAGAGAACACUCUCAAUCAGUGAUGAAGAGCUAGAGGGAAGCUUCAGAAAAUGGAACCCUGCAAAUAAAGGCCCCGAAGAAUUAAUUAAACAAGAGAUGCCUCCAAGAUGUAGCUCUCCCACAGUGGGACCACCUCCACUGCCGCAGAAAUCACUGGAAACGAGGACUCAGAAAAAACUCUCCAGUAGUCUAGAAGACUUGAGAAGUGAAUCUGUGAAUGAUAAGAGUAUUGAUGGGAACCAGCUCUCCCCAUUGGUAGAACCCAAGGACAACCCUUUCCUGAUGGAGCACAAAUACCCCACGCUCCCUGGGAAGCUUUCAGGAACCACACCCAAUGGAGAGGCUGCCAAAUCCACUCCCAUCUCCUGUCAGCCUGAAGCCACAGGGAGCAGCUUGCAGAGGCUGAGAGAUACAGAAAGCGGUUGGGACAACACUACCAUGACCAAUGACCUCUCAUCCACUUCGGGUACUGAAUCAAGUCCCCAGUCUCCUCUGACACCAGAUGGUAAACGAAGUCCCAAAGGCAUUAAGAAAUUCUGGGGAAAAAUUCGGAGAACUCAGUCAGGAAAUUUCAACACUGACGUACCAGGGGUGGCGGAGUUUCGACGAGGUGGGCUCCGUGCAACUGCAGGGCCAAGACUCUCUAGGACCAGAGACUCCAAGGGACAGAAAAGUGACACCAACGCCCCCUUUGCCCAGUGGAGCACAGAGCGUGUGUGCACAUGGCUAGAAGACUUUGGCCUGGCUCAGUAUGUGAUCUUUGCCAGGCAGUGGGUGUCUUCCGGCCACACAUUACUGACAGCCACCCCUCAGGACAUGGAAAAGGAACUAGGAAUUAAGCACCCUCUUCACAGGAAGAAGCUGAUUUUAGCAGUGAAAGCCAUCAAUACCAAGCAGGAGGAGAAGUCUGCCCUGCUGGACCAUAUUUGGGUGACACGGUGGCUUGAUGACAUUGGCUUACCCCAGUACAAAGACCAGUUUCAUGAAUCCAGAGUUGAUGGGCGAAUGCUGCAGUACCUAACUGUGAAUGAUCUACUCUUUUUAAAAGUCACCAGCCAACUACAUCAUCUCAGCAUCAAAUGUGCCAUUCACGUACUACAUGUCAACAAGUUCAACCCCCACUGCCUGCACCGGCGGCCCGCGGAUGAGAGUAACCUUUCUCCUUCAGAAGUUGUUCAAUGGUCCAACCACAGAGUGAUGGAGUGGCUGCGAUCUGUGGACCUAGCAGAGUAUGCACCUAACCUUCGAGGGAGUGGAGUCCAUGGGGGUCUCAUUAUCCUGGAACCACGCUUCACUGGGGACACCCUGGCCAUGCUUCUCAAUAUCCCCCCACAAAAGACGCUCCUCAGACGCCACCUGACCACCAAAUUCAAUGCCCUGAUUGGUCCUGAGGCUGAACAGGAAAAGCGAGAGAAAAUGACCUCUCCAGCUUACACACCACUGACCACCACUGCCAAAGUCCGGCCAAGGAAACUAGGAUUUUCACACUUUGGAAACAUGAGAAAAAAGAAGUUCGAUGAAUCGACAGACUACAUUUGCCCGAUGGAACCCAGUGACAGUGUUGGUGACAGUCACAGGGUCUACAGUGGCUACCGGGGCCUCAGCCCCCUUGAUGCCCCUGAACUGGAUGGGCUGGACCAGGUGGGACAGAUUAGCUGAUGCUCUUGUCACCUGCCUUCUCUGUACACCCUGAGAGUUCACAGUAACACCAUGUGUGUCACCGCAUAACUGCACCUCACCCCCUGCACGUGUGCAUGACUCGCAGAGAACAUUCCAGCAAUUGUGUGCCCCUGGGCCAGUCUCUCUUGGAAUGCUGAGGGUGGCCAGGAUAUGGAGUUGCACCUUUGCCGAGAGGCCAAACUCUGGGGAGUAUUGCCAAAGGUGGAUGCAGGAGGAAAGACACUUUUACAUUUUUAGUAAUUCUUGAUAACCAUCUUCAGCACCAGUGAAAACACAUGAACUUGGGCACAGGUCCAGAGACCAUGGACACUCCCACAAAGCUCAGCUCUCAGGCACCUUCCUGUGCUUCAGAUGCGGAAAAAGCUUAAGUGCCUUAAGCCUGUGGGCUACAGUCUCAGCUGAGAUCAAAGGGGCGAGCAGCAGGGACAUCUGCCAUAAUGACAAUGGAAUUGUGUUGUGCCUUACUACAGAGGUGGUCGCUUCUUUCUAGUAAUAAAAGCAAUAUUUAUGUAGAAAGCAAA